GCGUCUCAUUAAUAUUAACAAGAAGGCGCCGGUCCGCUCUCAUUGGCCGAGUGUCCGCGUUUCCAAGACAACCGAAAACGCCAGCGGAGGAAGCGCAGCUCGGCGUUCCAAUGCCUUUUUAAAGUGGCAAAUUUCACUGCCCGCGCACUUUUUCCCGGCGUUUUAUCCCGCUCGGGAAAGUUCUACUGUCGUCCAAAAGUCGUUGCUUUCCAGUUUAGGCGGCGAACAGGGAAAGUUUGUGAGAGAGUUUUGAGAUCGCCGCUGGUCAGCGCGAGUAACAGGUGCCGGACACUGAUUUACCAUGGAGAGGGAGGAUGGCUCAGAGCGCGCCGAGGAGGGCGCGGAGGAACAGCCACAAACGGAAGAGAGCACCGAGGACAGCAACGGUGCCCCGGAGGAAGCCGAAGCCGCAGCCGCAGGAGGCGUCCUGGAGCAGAGCCAGGGGGGGUCAGAAGGUCAUCAAAGUGGAUCUGAGGAUGCAGAAGAGGAACUGCGGGGGGGGUGGCCGGUAGACAGCGAGGGGCUGGCGCUCGACGCCGACGAAGAUGAGGAGGCGGCGGAUGAGGGCGGCGACAGGGAGGACGAGCUGCGCCCCGGUGACCGCCUGCUGCUGGAAGGGGGCGGGACCGAGCAGCUUCCAGGGCUCGCGCCGGAGGAUGCGGGCCUCGGCAAACCCGCCGGCGACACGGAGGCGGCCCCGCAGGAGAAGGCACCGGACACGGACGAGGAGGAGGUCGCGAACACCCUGCGCCAGCUGCAGGACGAAAGGGAGCGUCUCACGCAGCUCAACGGCCAGCUGCAGGCCAGGCUGGCGGAGCUCCUCUGGCGCAAGACAGGAGAGGAGGCGCGGGCCGAGCCCCAGAAGGACGCGGCGGAGCCGGAGCGGCGCUACCGCAGGUGCGUGGCCGCCAUCGAGGAGCUGAGGGGGCAGUACGAGCGGGACGCCGAGAGCCACGGGCGGCAGGCCGAGCAGCUCCGUCUGCAGGCGCGGGAGAAGCUGGAGCGCGUGGAGAGCGAGUGGCGCGCCCUGCAGGCCCUCAAGCGGGACGUGGCGACCGAGGCGCUGGCGCGGCGCGUGGGCAGGCAGGCGGCGCAGGCCCAGGUGCAGCAGAUCCAGGAGGCGGAGCAGCGCAGGGAAAAGGAGCUGGUGCGCGCGCGCCUCGACAACGUGCGCCUCUGGAGACAGGUGCGGCGCUACGAGGCGGCGCUGCGGGGCAAGGAGGAGCUCGCCGGCGGCCUGCACUUCAUCGACUUGGAGCAGCUGAAGAUCGAGAACCAGACGUACGCGGAGAAGAUGGAGGAGCGCGGCGAGGAGCUGCUGCGGCUGCGCAAGAAGAUCACGAGCACGGUGCAGGUGCUCACGCACCUCAGGGAGAAGCUGCACUUUGUCGCCGAGGAGAACGAGGCCCGCCGGGCGCAGCUGGCCGACGCGGAGGCGGCGCUGGGCGGGGCGCGAGACGCGCUCGCGCACACCAAGCAGGCGCGGGACGGCCUGCGCGCCGACAACCAGCGGCUGCGCCGGCGCUGCGGCAUGCUGGGAAACAUCACGCUGCUGCGCGACUGGGAGGACAAGGUGAGCGCCAUCGAGGAGCUCGAGCAACGGCUGGACGCCCUCAAGCGGAGACACGCCGAGCUCACGGCGCACUGCUCCAGCGUCAAGAGGAAACUGCAGCAGGCCAAGGGCAAGGAGUAGACGCGUGCAUGCACGUGCGCGCACACACACGCAUUGACACAGAAAGCGAGAGGCAUUAUCAUGUAUGUACAUUAUUACAUAACAUGUAUGUAUGUAUUAUUAGUGUGUCGGAUGUAGGAUGCC